AUGCCGGUGAUGGGGUUCGGUACCUACGCCCCAAAACAGUACACUAAAGAGCAGGCUGAAGAGGCUACAAAGGUGGCCAUUGAUGUUGGCUAUCGUCAUAUUGACGGUGCUUUUAUCUACGGCAAUGAGGUACAAGUUGGCCAGGCUAUCAACGCAAAGAUUGCUGAUGGAACAGUGAAGAGAGAGGACAUUUUAUGUACUGGAAAGCUUUGGUUAACUAAUCAUGCCCCGGAAAGGGUCCGUCCGGCUCUUGAAAGAUCUCUAAAGGAUCUUGGGCUAGAUUACGUGGAUCUGUUCCUAAUCCACACCCCUGUGGAGCUUAAGCCUGGAGAUGAUCCAUUUCCCAAAGAUGAAAAUGGAAAAUUGAUUUUUCACAACACCGAUAUCCGGGAUACCUGGAAGGCUUUGGAGGCUUGUAAAGAUGCCGGACUGGUCAGAUCAAUUGGUGUGUCCAACUUUAACCGCAAACAACUGGAACUGAUCCUAAAUGCGCCGGGACUGAAGUAUAAACCUGUCUGUAACCAGGUGGAGUGCCAUGUAUACCUCAAUCAGGGUAAAAUGUUGGAAUUCUGCAAAUCCAAAGACAUUGUACUGGUAGGGUACAGUGUCCUGGGAUCCAGCAGAGCUGAGGGCUGGGUAAACCAAAAUUCUCCCAAAAUGCUGGAAGAUCCUGUUCUCAAUGAAAUUGCAAAGCAUGUUGGGCGGACAGCGGCACAAGUGGCAAUGCGUUUUCUGUUGCAGAGAGGGAUUGUCAUCAUUGCAAAGAGCUUCACCCCGGAGAGAAUCAAACAGAACUUCCAGCUCUAUGACUUCGAGCUGAGUUGCGAAAAUAUGAAAAAAUUGGAAGGCCUUAACAAAAACUUGCGAUACCUCAGCCUUGAUGGUUGGAAGGAAUCUCCUAAAUACCCAUAUCAUGAUGAGUAUUAA